CGGAUAUGAUUGCGUGGAGCUCGUAAAGUGUGCCGAUGCUGCGGUAGCUUUAAAAAAAUAAAACAUAUAUAUACACCUGUAUAAUUUUAGCAUUUCACGGACAGUUUAUUUGUAUGUUUUUCCUCCCCAUCGGAUUAUCAUAAUAUGUAUGCGUUGCUGAACUGUGUCGCUUGACAGUUUUUAUCCAAAUCUUUAAUGACUUUACAUUUUCUGUCAGAGGAGCCUGAAAUUUGCGGAGCGUGUUGUGUUAGCAUGUUUCUAGACUAACUGCGUUACCUUGAACAGCUACCGCGAAGCCUUUAAGCGACAACAUGACGACUGUAAAGAAACCCUCCGUGUGAGCGGCUGUCUGUAUGUCACGAUUGUUCAACUGGACGAAAUGAAUUUCUUGCGUAAUCGUCUUGUUGUUCUGGGCCUGGUGUUGUUGGCCACUGUGCUCCUUUACCUGCUGCUGCCAUCCAUACGCCAGAGCAACAUGGAGCCAUCCUUUGAAGCUGAAAGAACAGAACUGAUGUCUACCCCGCAUCUACCAAUUCCAGCUGUCAAUGUGUCUAUCCGCACAGGACAGCUACCCGGGGACCCUCCACUGUUUUUCAGAGAAGCCUUACCUGUCGAUUCUGCUGGAAGACAAAUAUUGCCUAGGCUGCAAGUGGUUCUGCUACAUGGCCAGGCCUUCUCAUCCAAAACCUGGGAAGAUCUGGGUACCAUGACCUACCUAGCAGCUACUGGAUAUCAAGUCUUGGCAAUGGACCUUCCAGGAUAUGGAAAUUCUCUGGACUCUGAAUCUCUGAAGACUGAUCAGAAUCGAGUGGACCUGCUUUCAAGGUUCAUGGAGGCUUUGGGUGUCCGAGCAGCUGUGCUUUUGAGCCCCUCCAUGAGUGGACGUUACUCCAUGCCUUUCCUGAUGACCAACAGUGCUCAGCUACGUGGCUUUGUUGCCAUAGCACCAGUUGGCACCCACAGUUACACUGCAGAACAGUACCAAAAGAUUCAGACUCCUACUUUGAUUGUGUUUGGAGCCCUGGACACAAAUCUGGGUGCUCAGUCCCACAAGAACCUCAUACAACUUCCUCAUCACUCAGUGGUGAAGUUAGAAGAUGCCCGUCACGCCUGCUACAUGGACAAACCCAAAGAAUUUCACCAUGUAUUGAUCGACUUCCUCAACAAACUGAAAUGAGCAGAAAGAUGGUAACAAAGGAAAGGGGAACGUAUGGUGGAAUGUAGGAAAAAGGCUGCUACAGUGUGAUAAUGAUGCCUUUUACUGUAAAAUAUGAAGUUCGGUAUAAUUGCCACAUUCUCAUCAGCUAAAGCAACAGGCAUAGAUAUGACAAUUUUCAGGCAAUGGAAGAAAGGUAUGUACAAUUUUGUAGAUAAUUUCGAUGCACCUUUCACUUUCCCAUGAAGCCUUUGAAUAAGAAGAGAAAAGUAAAUCUGAAACAUUAUUUAUUGAGAAGGCUACAGAGUAGCUGUGUAGCAUAUAUAUAUUUAAUGACAUGCAGCAGUAAACCCACUACAGGCUUAAAUCGUGUUUCUCAGCUCUGCAUUACCCA